AUGGAGAAACCGAAAUCAGAACUUUCUGACGAGGCGUGUAUCGUUGAGUGCCAAAUAUGUUCGAAAUGGGCAACCCGACCAAGAUGUUUACCGUGCGUACAUUCAUUUUGUGAAACAUGUUUACAAUCGUACAUUCAAAAGAAGGCUGAGGAGAAAACGCAUCUCGGUUCCACAGAUGAAGAAAAGUUGUUAACCUAUUAUCGAUGCCCUGUUUGCAACCACAAGGUUAAUGUUGCGGAUUCUGAAAUUCCUUCAAGUGCCUGGCCUAAGUUACUUCCGUUGAACCGUCUGCUGAUCACAGUUGCUGAGAAACUGUCACUUGAACGCGCCAAAUUUUGUGAUCCCUGUAAGAGAGGAGAUGAAGAAAAGGAAGCCGUUUCUUGGUGCCGUGAGUGUGGUGAGGCAUUAUGUGAUCAGUGUACAACUUAUCAUAAACGGGUCAAAAUGUUAAUGGACCAUGCGGUUUUUUCCCUAGAAGAGAUCCGCACACAACCCAGAAAAAUUGCCGAAACUGAGGAAGUCUGUUAUUUGCACCCUAGAAAAAACGUAGAAGCCAUAUGUCACAAUCAUGACAAGCUCUGCUGCAUGGACUGCGUUGCAUAUGAUCACAGUGAGUGCAAGAAAGUCAUGCCAAUAACAGAUGCGGCGAAAGAAAUCAAGGGAAGCAAAGCAAUUACCAACUUAAUUAUCAAACUGAAGCAAAUCGACAAUCAAGCCGUUUCCGUAAUAGAAAGUCGAUCCGCUAACGUGGAAGAACUACAAAAGCAACAAGAGACAAUUAUAUAUGAAAUUCAAAAACUAAGAGCAGAAAUUGCAAAGCACUUAGAGGAAUUGGAAGAACAAUUUAGGCAGGAUUUUUCAAUCAUGCACAAGGCCCUACUGGAAAAGUUAGACAUUCAAAGUAGAGAAUUUGGAUACAUCCAUAAGGCCAUAAACAAUGGUCAAAAGGUACUAAACGUUUCCCUUUCCCAUGGAUCAAGUGAACAUGUAUAUAUCACUGCUCACAAACUGAAGAAGAUUGGUGAGGAGCAUGAAAAGUUCAUCAAGACAGAAAGCAAACACAUUUACCACCAUGACUAUAGACUAAAGCUCAGCGAAGUUGUAGAGGACUUAACUACAAAAAUUCAUUCCAUUGCCAAAAUAAACAUUGAUAGAAUGCCUACAAACACAGUCCCAACAUUUAUGAAGGAUAUGGUUGCAACACAUCUUGGGGAUUUAAAUGGAAAAUCUCCAUCUGACACAUUUCAUCCAUGGUUUACGGAUGGAAUCUUCCUUCCAAACGGCAGUCUGGUACUUGCAGACUUUAAGAACAAGAAAAUAAAGUGCUUUGACAAUCAAGAUGUACUGGUGUCUGAACUUGCAUUGGACUACCAACCAUGGGGUGUGGCUCUUUUUGAACCCAAUGUCUUGGUGAUCACUAUGCCUGAUCGACCUGAAUUGAGAUUUAUAACAAUUACAGAUGACAACAAAAUGGAACUUCGGGAAAACGCACUGGAGACCAUAGCUGGAUGCCAUAGCAUUCAGGUGGAAGACGACAAACUCACAAUAGCGUGCUCGACGGAGGUUCGGGUUGCAUCCAAAGAGGGUAAAGUGGAAAAAAUCAUUCAAAUCAAAGAUAGGGGCACACGUUAUGCACAUAGAACUUCGGAUGGUACAUUUUCCUACACAAAUAAAAGUGCUCUAGUGUGUAUUAAGGAUAAUGCUGAAGUCAUGCAUUACUCGGACAAGGAACUCCGUUCUCCACGUGGCUUUGCUGUGGAUAGAGAGGGAAAUUUCUACAUAUGUGGCAUGGAUUCUAACAAUAUUCAUCAAGUGCGUCCUAGCGGUAGCCUAGUAAAGCUACUACUUCACUCAAAAAGUGGCAUCAGAAAUCCAUACGCUAUCGAUUUUGAAGUCUCAACGAACCGAUUUUUUGUCACCCAGAUGGACUGUGAAAUUGUUAAAAUGUAUCGACUGAUUACAAACUGGUGAUUGUCACUAUAGACUGCUGUUAUAAUGUAAAGUUGAUAAGUUAUACAUGCACUUACUCAGUUACUUACUUGCUUGCCUGUUUACUUACUUAUGCCCACAGCCCCUUCUGGGCCAUAAGCCACCGACAAGAUUUCUCCAUGCUGUCAUCUCUAUCCUGGCCUUUCCUCUCAAGCUCCUUCCAAGUGAGCCCUAUU